AGAUCGCUGAGGGUGCUGUCAACGUUCGUGAUCCCAUGCUUCGCGGCGGAGAGCGCGUACAAAAUAUGGUGGUACGCGUCGGGCGCGUCGCAGAUCCCAUUCCUGGGGAAUGUUAUAGUGAGCGACGUAGUAGCGUGCGCGAUGGAGCUGCUGUCGUGGCUGUACAGGACGACGGUGAUCUUCCUGGUAUGCAUUCUGUUCCGUCUGAUCUGCGACCUGCAGAUCCUACGGCUGCAGGACUUCGCGAGCGUGUUCCAGGUGGACUCGGACGUGGGGUCGGUGCUGUCGGAGCACCUGAGGAUCCGGCGGCAUCUCCGGAUCAUCAGCCACAGGUACCGCGCCUUCAUACUACUAACCCUGGUCCUCGUCACAGGCAGCCAAUUCGCCUCCCUCCUCAUCACCACCAAGUCCUCUUCCAACCUCAACAUUUACAUCGCCGGCGAACUUGCGUUGUGUUCGAUGACGCUUCUUACAAGUCUGAUGAUACUGCUACGAAGUGCUACAAAAAUUACCCACAAAGCGCAAUCAGUGACGUCGCUUGCUGCCAAGUGGCACGUGUGCGCGACGUUGGAUUCCUUCGACGUUACAGACGGCGAGACACCCAUGGCGGCGGGUGGAGGGCAAGUGGUGUUUCCGGUGACCCCCAGCCACGGCGGAGCAGCAGAAACGGACAGCGAUGAAGGCUGCGACGAAGAAGAUGAUCUGGACAACACCAAGUUGAUCCCGGCCUACGCUUACAGCACCAUCUCCUUCCAAAAGAGACAGGCCUUAGUGACGUAUUUCGAGAACAACAGAGCGGGGAUAACGAUAUACGGGUUUACGCUGGACAGGAGUACGCUCCACACCAUCUUUGGAAUAGAGUUAUCCUUGGUUCUUUGGUUGCUUGGUAAAACCAUCGGUUUUUCUUAGACAUUAAUUACAUCAUAUUAAUAUAUUAUAUUUUCCCAUUA